AGGAAAGACGUGCAUUCCUCCAUUCCGCUCUUGCUUUGUGCACUCUUUGGCUUCGCUGCUUAGCAACAAGCAUUAGGGAGCCCCGCUAGCUUCUCAGCACCAGCGUAGCAAGCUGGAGCUUUAGCUUACAAAAGAUAGGAAUGUUCUUCCACCCAGUAAUGCUGUAAGAAUUCACCCAGCCUUAGAGGCUAAAUAUUUUUUUAUUCGCCGUUAUAACAGCCGAAGUCAUCGAUUCUGUUCUCUUAUCAGACAGAAAUCGUUUCCGCCCAGAGGUUUCUCUCCGAAAAGUGGCUAACCUAAGGAAGGUAACCUUAGCACCGUAGUCUGGCGUCUCCACUGGCUGCGCAGAGGAACAGAUCGAUGAUGUAGAUAUGUCAUUGUGGAUUAGCUGGCCGGUUAGCUGACUUAAUGUUGGUGAGGAAGUUGUAACUAAAUUUCACAGAUUGGAAUACGGCAGCGGCCCGGGCGCGACAGCGGAGUACUUUUGGUGUACGUUUGUGUUGCAUCAUUGAAACCACUGAGUGCAACAAAAAAAAUCAGCCACCAUGUUGGAAGAGGACAUGGAAGUGGCCAUCAAAGUGGUCGUGGUCGGGAACGGAGCUGUUGGCAAGUCCAGCAUGAUCCAGCGUUACUGCAAAGGCAUUUUCACAAAGGACUACAAAAAGACAAUUGGGGUGGACUUUCUGGAAAGACAGAUUAUUGUAAAUGGUGAGGAGGUCCGACUAAUGCUGUGGGACACCGCUGGGCAGGAAGAGUUUGACGCCAUCACCAAGGCUUACUACAGAGGUGCCCAGGCCUGCGUUCUGGUCUUCUCCACAACAGACCGGGAGUCCUUUCAGGCCAUCAACAGCUGGAGGGAGAAGGUGGAGGCAGAGGUUGGAAAUAUUCCCACUGUCCUGGUGCAAAAUAAAAUUGAUCUCCUGGAAGAAACUGUGAUAAAGAACGAGGAGGCAGAAGCUUUGGCUAAAAGACUUAAACUGAGAUUUUAUCGUGCAUCUGUGAAAGAGGAUCUGAAUGUCAAUGAGGUUUUUAAGUACUUGGCUGAGAAGUAUCUCCAGAGACUGAAACAGCAAACAGCAGAGGAGACAGAGGUGGUCCACUCAACAAGCAAUAAAAUAGGUGUCUUCAAUACUAUUAGUAGUAAUGUAACCAACCAGAGCUCCAGCAAUGGCAGAGAAGUCAUCACUUUACGACCCAACAAACAGAGGACAAAGAAGAGUAAAAAUCCUUUUGGAGGCUGCAGUCUGCUCUAGAGAACAUAUCAACAAUUUAGCAUUACAUUUCAGUGACUUACAUUUAUGUUUAAGAUAACAUCGUUCGUUGUUGUUUUACCUGGAGGUAAGUCCACAAAACUGGGAAUGUCAAUAUAACACCAUUUUCUGUUCUGAAUUAAAUGAUUUUCACAUGAAACCAGGCUUCUUUUGAACACCAGUUGCUCCCCCCAUUGUGGUUGCCUUAAAUAACAGCUACAGCUGCAAUUUUCUUUUUGUCCCAAAUAGCGUUGGGGGGGGUUCCUUCCCCCUAAAAUCUGUCUUGAUAUAUAGAAAUUUAUCCAGAUGUGUUAUAGCAAAAGUUGCACUCGGACUCUGGAAACAUUUCCUUUUUACAGCUACUCAUUGCUGUGUUUUAACAUGUAUGCUGUGCAAUAUGCUUGCAUGUAUUAUAAAACAUACACAAAUGAUUUUGUACCAUAUUUUUCUAGCAAUUAUCAGAAUAUGGUUCAAACUAUUACUGUUUAUCCCUAACAGAUCCAGAGGUAAAUUGUAUUUUUGUAUUAAGCACAACAGUGUUGAGUGAUUAUGUGCCAAAUUUACUCUUGCUGAAUGGUGGCUGAAAAUCACAUUUCAGUGAUUUGGCUGAAACCUCAAAUUUAUAGACUGUGUUCCUCUGAGUUAACAGUUAUGAAUCGACGGUUACACAAAAUAUUCAUUUUAUGAGCGCUUUUAGUAAAAGAUAUGAUUUAGAUGAUAAAUUAAUGAUACUCAGCCCAUUUGAGUCAUAUUACCUAAAUUACAAUUAGUGAUACUAUGUUUUCAUUGCACCUGCUUCACUUUAUACUUUUGUUUAAUCAUUGAAUUUAAUUUCUAUUGCCUUUUUAUUUAGCUGUAAAUAGGUAUUUGGGGUGACACUAAAGGUUGAGGAGGUAAUAAUUUUAUUUCUAACAUUUUAGAUAUUAAGGCGUAAGCCUACAAGAUUAAAAGCGCUCUGCUUAGGAACAUGUGUGCCUGUGGCAGCAAGUCUAUAACAGAAUAUAAAAACCAUUGCUCUCAAAGUGACACAAGCUGGCCAUUAGGACAGGAUAUUAAAGUGUUCGUAUACUUGUCUUUACCUGAAUUGCAUCAAGCCUUUCUGUUACUUUUUUUUUCCUGCAAACGCUUUGAUCAAGCACAAAGAGGUGUACAGAGAUGUGGGAUAGUGCGGUAUUAAAUCCAGGAUCUAAAACAAACAUUCCCAUUCUGUAUGUGGCUAUAGCUGUAAGUCACCUGUAAUUCUUAUGAUAAUACCAAGGUAUGCAUGUUUUUGUUUUUCUUACUAUAAAAUUCUAUCAGAUGUUUAAUACGCAUCUUUUUUUUAUGAUUGAUUCUGAAAAUAUAGAAAGGUGAUUAAAUGUGUUCCAAAGUCAUACCCACGGUAUUGAAAGUGUCAUGGAUAUUUCAAGGUUUUUUGUUGUUUUUUUCUACAUUUGGCUCCAUGUAAAGUGAACUUUAUAUAUAUAAUGCAUGAAAGCCUUCUUUCACAUCGGUGAAUGUUCAACCAUGUUUACAUUAACAACUAUUAAGCAUUUUAAUCCCAUCUCCCUUGUGCCGCUUGUGUGAAAUUACCUACACAGUAAACCUGUAAAUAAUUACUCCUCAAACAUGUUUUCUCCUAAUUUUUAACAUUGUUUACUUUAUCAGUGACUGAAUGAUUUGUGCACUUAAUCAUUUACACUACCGGUCAAAGGCUCUAGAACCCCUUUCUCAUUUAAUGGUUUUCUUUAGGAUUAUUUACAUUGUACGUAGAGUCUUACUGAAGGCUUUAAAACAGUGAAUGAACACAUAUGUAUUUAUGUAGCAAACAAAAAAAAAAACAAGUUGUAAAAGAACUUUAAAUAUUUUUUAUAUUUUAGAUUCCCUAAAGGAGCCGCCCUUUGCUGUGAUGACUUAAAUAUAAACUUUUGGCUGUCUCUCGAAGAACCUCUGGGAAGUUCUUUCAAGACUCUUUGAAAAACCAUUUCAGGUGACCACCUCAUGAAACUCAUGGAGAGAACGCCAAGAGAUCAAAGAAGUCAUCAAAGCAAGCGCGACUAUUUUGUAAUAAUCUAAAAUAUAAAAAUUUUUAGAGUCAUUUCAAUCUUUUUGUUUACUACAUAAUUCCAUGUGUGUUCAUUCAUAGUUCUGUUGCCUUUGAUGAGAAUCUACAAUGUAAACUGUCAUGAAAAUAAAGAGACUCAUUAAGUGAGAAAGUGUAUCAAAAACGUUUGACAGGUAGUGUACAUGAAAACAAGUCUUAAAACAAUGUUAAAAAUGACCAUUCAUAUGUGUUGUUACUCAGGUGGAAUAAUCUCUGCUUUACUUGUAUUCUUGCUUUUUCUCACAUUGACCUUUAUAAACCAAUUCCACAUUUUAACAAACUGGCAUGUACCAGUGUGUUGGAGGGUGAGGUAUGGCAUUCAGGUGUGCACCAGGCAUUACGUUUGGGGAAAAGUGUCUGAUGGAAAGAUGCUGAAUAAAAAAAUGUUGUUUUUUUUU